UCUUGCAGGGCUCUGGGGGCUGGUUAACAAUGCUGGGAUCUCCACAUUUGGGGAGGUUGAAUUCACCAGCAUGGACACCUACAUGGAGGUGGCUGAAGUGAACCUGUGGGGAACCGUGCGAACCACCAAGGCUUUCCUCCCGCUCAUCCGGAGGUCAAAGGGUCGCGUGGUGAACAUCAGCAGCAUGAUGGGGCGGAUGGGCAGCCCUGCCCGCUCACCCUACUGCAUCACCAAGUUCGGCGUGGAGGCCUUCUCCGACUGCCUGCGCUACGAGAUGCAGCCCCAGGGCGUCAUGGUCAGCAUCGUGGAGCCCGGCAACUUCAUCGCCGGCACCAAUCUGUACAGCCCCGAGCGCAUCAAAGCCAUCGCCGACAAAAUGUGGGACGAGCUGCCCGAGAUCGUGCGCAAGGACUACGGCAGGAAGUACUUCGACGAGCAGGUCAGCAAGAUGGAGUCGUACUGCAACAGCGGCUCGAGGGACACGUCGCCGGUGAUCGAGAGCGUGGCGCACGCGCUCACCUCCACGGCGCCCUACACCCGCUACCACCCCAUGGAUUACUACUGGUGGCUGCGCAUGCAGAUCAUGACCCACAUGCCCGCCGCCAUCUCGGACCGGCUCUACGUCUACUGACACCUCGCACUCGUAAGCUAUCCAGGUGGGAAAUUUGUUUUAAAGAGAGCUUUGUACACACUUCCCAUUAGUCCUGUUAAAAUUUUUCUAACCUCAUUUCAGAGUACUGUAUUUUAGCUCUAAAGGGUUCAUUUAAAUAUCUGAUGUAACCUAAAAGGCAGUAAUUUGCAAGGGAUGUUUCAUAGGCAGGAAUAUGUUAUGUUUGUACAGGGACAAUGAUUUUUUGCUAUUUAUUUCAUGUAAUCCUAUCUUUUUUCACCUCAAAUAUGAAGCUCUAAUCAUUAUUUAAACUGCAAUUGCUCUGAAGCAUUUUCAGAAUGAUUUCUGCUGAUGGCCAAACACAAUCUUCACAAUUCCUGCCUAGGAUGCAGUCUUCACACCAUAAAACAGAAUCCCUGCAUGCUCUAAUGGCAAACCACUGCUUCCUCAUGACAAAGAAUGUCCAACUGACUUUUCCAGGCCUGGUCACAGUAACCCAAGGCAGAGCAGACACUUCUUUAAUUUGGGGAUCAGAGCUCAAAAUGCUCAAACUGAGCAACUGAGCAACUGACCCCGUCUCCUUCUUUAUUAGAAUUAUACUGACGCAACUUUUGAGAAAAGGAACCAGUCUGUUUUUCUCACAUACUUUCUUGCAAGGGAGUUCAAUGGCCCAGGGACUCAAGCUUGCAGACUUUCCCCGCAGAGUUUCUUACUCAUAUGAGCAUUCCCAUGACUGUGAGCAGCUUUACGCACAGGACUGCAGGUGUCAGGAUUGGCCUGCAGUGACAUUUCCCUUCUCUUCACCAGUAUCUGAGCAUGAACUCCAGAGUUAGCUUGGAGGGGAGUUUCCCUUGAGCUCCUGUGGUUUGUGAGGAGCACUGUGGAGCAGAGAGGGUUAUAGUCACAUCAGUGAAUGCCCUUCUUGCCAGGGACCUCAGUUACAGCCAAGUGUUUGUACAGCACCUUAUGCAGAAGGGCCUUAACCCCAGCCAGGCCUCCAGUACUGCAGCACAGGUGAUGAUAACAAUAAUAACUUCCAUUGAAGGAGUCACUGAAAUACAUGCCACAUGACAUAGAUCUAUCACAACAUCCAUAACAAUAAAGUUAACUUUAGGAGCAGUCUCAUUUCCAAGAUGGUUGUUUACAUAUCUGAGAAACAUGUUUUGUACUUUAAGAAAAGAAAAGGAAAAAAAAAAGCCUUUCAUGAGGAAUUCAGGAAGAGUAAAUUUUUUUAACCUUGAAAGGCAAAAAUAAAAAGUAAUUAAUGACCAUUGUGAGUGAAGUUGAAAAGAUCUCAUGUGCUCUAGUAACAUAUUGUGACAUGAUCAAACUCCUUUGGCUUAAUAAAUGUAUACAUGAAUGGUAACAAAA